AUGACUUGCUGGCAUAAUUUUCGCCAAAUUUUGACUCCUAAAAAUGAAGACGUCAACUUUAUAUCAGCAACAUUUCAUUUGGUCACAAUUACACUUAUUUCAAUGUCCAUGGUUGAUCUUAAUUGGUUCGUAAUAUCAGGAAAUGUUUGUGUACCUUAUCUUACAUUGGGACAAUUCUUCUGGUUUGGUUAUAAUAAUUCGCCAGCUUUUAGUGAUGAGUACAAAUGUGUCACCCCAGAAACAGUUAAUUUAAUGAGGAUUACCAUUUUGCUGUGUUUCAUGGCCAUACUGUUUGCCUUAUUUGGAUAUGUUAUUGAUAUAAUCGGAUCCAAAAAUUUAGUGUAUAGGUUAUCAAGACGUUAUGCUGUUCCUGGAACAUGUGCAGUAUUUUGGAUAAUGGCAAUAAUAAGUUUAUCUUACUAUACCAUAUUGUUAAUGGAAGAUUCCUUGGCCAGUCAUUACUCCAAAUCCUACUUUAAUGUUACAUAUGGAUUAGGAUUUUAUUUACUAGCUAGUGCAGGCAUAAAUUCAUCGAUUGGAAUAAUAUACAACUUAAUUUUGUCGCACAAUCCCUCAGGAUACCAAAGGGACGACGACGCGUGCAUUUUAGAAACGUCCGAUAACGAUUUGGACACUUUCAACAGCCCCACUCCCCCUCCCCCCUACCACAUUCCCCCGCUACAUUAUUCCAUCGCACCGCCCCCUUACACCCCUUGAUGUACAAUAUUGUACACAUAUUUCCAUUGUAUAAAUGUAUAAUGUACAAAGUAUAUUAGAUAUAAAUUCGAAUAUGUUGCUAAAAACGCUUUUGAAACAAACCUAUAUUGUAAAAAAAUACGCACAAUGUGUGAAUGUAAAAAAGUUGCUAUCGGUAUUAUACCGAUUAUAAUAGUAUUGCUUAUAAUAAUGUUUCA